AUGUCAAGUCCAGGAAUACUAAUCCGCAACUUUGUGAUUCCGCGGCAAUCUCGGCGCCGCAUAUCCAACUCUUCGGGUCGGCGGAGCUCGACGUCACCGCAACGAAAAGCCAUUUCGCCCGAACUUGUCACCACUCCAAAAAGGUUCAAGGACAUUCCUGGUCCCUUGGCACUUCCCAUGCUAAGGCACUCCGCGCAUGUUUUGCCCAGGAUAGGUAACUUCCACCACGCAGUAGGCCUGGGCUUACUGGAGGGUUUGCGUCGACGAUACGGGGAUCUGGUGCGAUUGGCCAAAGCGUCCAGAACCCGACCCGUGCUGUAUAUCUUCGACCCGGAGAUAAUGAAAGAGUCGUCUGUGACGCUGGUGACAUUGGUGACAUCGGUGAUACUGGUGACAUUGGUGACGCUGGUGACAUUGGUGACAUUGGUGACGCUGGUGACAUUGGUGACGCUGGUGACAUUGGUGAUACUGGUGACAUUGGUGACACUGGUGACAUUGCUUACGCUUUUGACGCUGGUGACAUUGGUGACACUGGUGACAUUGGUAACAUUGGUGACACUGGUGACAAUGGUUACGGUGGUUACGCUGGUGACGCUGAUGACAUGUGUGACACUGGUGUCUUCGAGUCGUCUG